GCCAGCUCGCCCUGCACCCUGGAGCACCGCUCGGCGAGCCUCUGCCAACUCUCUGGAUCCUCGCGGCCGUGGGCAGCGGCUGCCGCGCCCGUGCGCCCCAGGGAGGACCAUCAGCUUUGCAUUCACCCAGAGACUCUGGCUGUGCAGCGCACCCUGCGGGUAAAAGGGGCGCCCCCAGACCAUGGCAGAGGAGGACCUCAUCUUCCGCCUGGAAGGCGUGGAUGGCUGCCGGACCUCCCGGGAUGGCCACGACAGUGAUUCUGACGCAGACAGCGAUGAUGAUGAGGGUUUUUUCAUCUGCCCCAUCACUGAGGACCUGGCGUCACACCAGAAUGUCAAUUCCAAGGUCAGCAACUACUAUGGGGACCUAAGGAAAAGUGAGCUUUAUGGCUCGAGCAGCUCCCCGGCAGGCUCCUUCCACUUCAAGGAAGCCUGGAAGCAGGCCAUCGAGAAGGCCAAACAUAUGCCCGACCCCUGGGCUGAGUUCCACCUCGAAGACAUUGCCACGGAGUGUGCCACGCGUCACAGGUACAAUGCUGUCACCAGGGAGUGGCUGGAAGAUGAGGUUCUGAUCAAGAUGGCAUCUCAGCCCUUCGGCCGAGGAGCCAUGAGGGAGUGCUUCAGGACGAAGAAGCUCUCCAACUUCCUUCAUGCCCAGCAGUGGAAGGGGGCCUCCAACUACGUGGCCAAGCGCUACAUGGAGUCCGUGGGCAGGGACGUGUACUUUGAGGACGUGCGUCUGCAGAUGGAGGCCAAGCUCUGGGGAGAAGAGUACAAUCGGCACAAGCCCCCCAAACAGGUGGACAUCAUGCAGAUGUGCGUGGUGGAGCUGAAGGAGCGGCCGGGCAAGCCCCUCUUCCACCUGGAGCACUACAUCGAGGGCAAGUACAUCAAGUACAACUCCAACUCGGGCUUUGUCCGUGAUGACAACAUGCGCCUGACGCCGCAGGCCUUCAGCCACUUUACAUUUGAGCGCUCCGGCCAUCAGCUGAUAGUGGUAGACAUCCAGGGCGUGGGGGACCUCUACACCGACCCGCAGAUCCACACCGAGACGGGCACUGACUUCGGAGAUGGCAACCUUGGUGUCCGGGGGAUGGCGCUCUUUUUCUACUCUCACGCCUGCAACCGCAUCUGCAAGAGCAUGGGCCUGGCUCCCUUCGACCUCUCACCAAGAGAAAGGGAUGCAGUGAAUCAGAACACCAAGCUGCUGCAAUCAGCCAAGACCAUCUUGAGGGGGACAGAAGAAAAGUGUGGGAGCCCCCGAGUCAGGACCCUUUCUGGGAGCCGCCCCCCUCUGCUCCGCCGCCUGUCAGAGAACUCUGGAGAUGAGAACAUGAGUGACAUGACCUUUGACUCACUCCCUUCCUCCCCGGCCUCAGCCACGCCACACAGCCACAAGCUGGACCACCUCCAUUGGCCUGCUUUCGGCGACAUGGACAACAUAGCACCCCGAGACCACGACCAUCUGGACAACCACCGGGACUCUGAGAACAGUGGAGACAGUGGAUACCCCAGUGAGAAGAGGACUGAAUUGGACGACCCAGACUCCCGAGAACACGACCACUCAAAUGGACAUCGGAGGUACGAGUCUGAUGAAGACAGCCUGGGCAGCUCUGGACAGGCCGGUGUGGAGAAAUGGAAUCUCUUCAACUCCUCCCGCUGGCGCCUGCCAAGGCCUUCAGCUGUGGCCCUGGAAGUGCAAAGGCUUAACUCUCUGGACCUUGAAAAGAAAAUCGGGAAGUCCAUUUUGGGGAAGGUCCAUCUGGCCAUGGUGCGCUACCACGAGGGCGGGCGCUUCUGCCAGAAGGAUGAGCAGUGGGACCGCGAGGCGGCUGUCUUCCACCUGGAGCAGGCCGCCGACCUGGGCGAGCUGGAGGCCAUCGUGGGCCUGGGCCUCUUGUGCUUGCAGCUGCCCCACCACCUCCUGCCCGACGUAUCUCUGAAGGAGACAGAAGAGAAUAAGACCAAAGGGUUCAAUUAUUUACUGAAAGCAGCCGAGGCUGGUGACAGACAGUCUAUGAUCCUGGUGGCACGAGCUUUCGACACGGGCCAGAACCUCAGCCCAGACAGGUCCCAAGACUGGCAGGAGGCCCUGCGCUGGUAUAACACCGCCCUGGAGACCACAGACUGUGACGAAGGCGGAGAGUAUGACGGCAUGCAGGACGAACCCCGGUAUGCGCUGCUGGCCCGGGAGGCAGAGAUGCUGUUCACGGGCGGCUACGGACUGGAGAAGCAGCCCCAGAGAUCAGGUGACUUGUACACCCAGGCGGCCGAGGCAGCCAUGGAAGCCAUGAAGGGCCGACUGGCCAACCAGUACUACGAGAAGGCGGAGGAGGCCUGGGCCCAGAUGGAGGAGUAGCUUGCCCAAAACUCAUAGGCCUGAGCAAAAGGGCUAGGAGGGUGGGAAAAAAGACUUAAUUUACUUACUUAGUUUGGGGGGAGGGCAAGUAUUUUUAGUGUGGGUAAGUCAACUGUUUGUAUUCCUUUUCUUUGACUAUUUGCCACCAGCAGGGACAUUGUGAGCUGCCCCCUAGAGCAGCAUUUUGGGGAAGGGAGGAUUGAAAAAGCAGCCUAAUGAACCAACAUGUCAUCUUGAUGUUCUUUUGAUUUCCUUCAUGAGAUGUAAGGACAUGCUUUUUUGCCUCUCAUGAAAACGAUGAGGGCUUUGCCCACCAAUCUUUUCAGACUGGACUGAAAUCUGCAGCCCAUGGGGGCUUGUGUUUCCCAAGUCAGGAAGGGGAACAGAGAAUGCCCAGCUUUCUGGGGGGUGUGUCAUGUCACAACUGUGCAAAGCUUUCCUCCUCAGAGCCUGUGUGAGAGUGAAGGGCAUUUUUUCCCAUGGACCCAAGAUGGCGAGUACCCAAGCCCCUCUCCGUGGGGAUGGGCCUACACACUGCACACUGCCUGUUUGCUAGUCUUCCCAAAAUGCAACUGAACUUCUGGCAUAUAGCGAAAUUCUGUUUGAAGGCAUGCUUUCUACAGAGGGCUUUACAAAACAGGUUUGAUUUUUGUAUGCACACAUUUACUACCUCUGACUCCUCCAUCAGCUAGUGUGGAAGUGGGUGCCCCUGAAAAUUUCCUUGCACGGAGGGACAAUGACUUGGAGUGUCAGAGCCUUUUGUCAAGGCAAAUUUGUGCUCUGCAUUUCAUUGGCAUCAUCCACAAUGUGACUGAAGUACCCCUUGUACAGUUUUCCUCCUUGUUUUCUUAGCAUCGAAUGUUCUUAGGCAGCAUCUGCUUCCAAGCUCCCAUCCUUGGCAUCCUCUGCUUGAAACAAGACUGCUUUUUCUUGUUCUAUGCAGACAAGAUGCUCUCAGCAGCAGCCUCUUGAGAUUUGUCUCAGUUGUUUGAGAAUGAGAGGACAAAAACUAUAAACACUCAUUAAUUCCAGUAGUUUCCCCAGGGCUAAGCUAUGGUUAUCUGUACUUGAUGAGCUUUCCCUAUAAAAGGAAUUCAGGUUUAAUAGUAGUAUGAUUUCAAUUGUUGUUUCAAAUAAGAAACUGCUUUGAUCAACCCCAAGUGCCAAAGCAGUCUCUUUGUUUAAAAAUCAAAACAUAAAACAUUCUUUUUUUAAUUUUUUAUUUUUAAACAAUAUUUGCUUCCCCCAACAUCCUCAGAUUGAGUCCCCAUAGAAUUUCCUUCCCCAAGGCACCCGUGCACCAUCAACACAGUCCUCUGCUCUCCUUCUUACCUCCCUCUGAUCCCUCUCCCUCCUCCUCCCUGCAGGAUGUCUCUGGUUUAUAAUUGUUUGUUCAUAAAACAUUCUUAUCUGUUUAUUGAAACAGGUCCUUCCACAUUUUAAUAUUAAUUCCUGUGGAGUCACAAGCAUUAGGUUCCAAAGUUAAGAGGGUUCCCUAAAGGGAAAAUCAAGCAGAAUCGAGACCCACCUGUAAAUUAUAAUAUCGCUUUUGUAGGGUGUAUGUGUGUAUGUGGACUUAUCACAGCGAAUAUCACAGCUGAUCACUCUUUUUUUAUUCUGCACCAGAUCAAGUAUUUGGCUUACAUUAAGUUUUUUGUGUGUUUUAAAACAGUGCAUAUAAGUCAAAUUGCAUAUGUUAAAUGUAAGUUAGAAGCAAUUUUGUUGUGACUAUCUCUUCAAAGGAAUCAAGCCUCAGAUAAUUCAUGAUUUCAUUGUUGUUAAUUCAGCCAGCCUCCUGUCUGAGGCUUUGUUAGGCACAUAAUUUAUGUUUCCUAGCACCUGUCUCAUUUCUUAGUUACAUGUCAAUGCUUUUCUCUAACAAAGGGAUGAGCAUAUUUCUUUUUUUUUGUAAGGUCCAGAUAGUAAAUGUUUUAGGCUUUGGGGGUCAUGAGGGCCAUGGCCUCUUCGACUUAGCAGUGCAAAAGAACCAUGGGCAGUACCUAAAUGAAUGAGUCUGGCUGGUGUUCCAAGAAAACUUUAUUUACAAAAACACCAGCCUACCCUGGCUGUAGUUUGCAGACCCCUGCUCUAAACCUUGACCAAGAGCUACGAUAUUAAAUGCUUGGGGGUAAGAGCCAGCUCAAAUUGUCAGUCUCCAGACCUCAAACAGUGCCUUGGCACAGAGCAGGGCCGAAUAAAUGUGUGAACAAAUGGAGCUGGCCCUAGUCAUUGUACUCACUCUCUGUGGCUCAGAUUCUGCCAACCAAUUAAUCACUCUUGCCUGGAUUGGCUUGAACCUUCACACCUGUGAUUUCAUCCACUAACCCACCACCCACCCACCUAUCUACAUGGCCUUAAUGUCCAAGGCAGUCCUCUUCUCCAGGAGGCUGGGAUGGGCCUGUGUGUGUGUGUGUGUUUGUGUAUGUGUGUGUAUAUAUAUAUAUAAUAUAUAAACAAAUGCUUCUUUAAAGACCUUUGAGAAUAAAAUGAUCUACAAAAUGUUCAUAUUGUUCUGAUGCAGUGGAAGAAUUUAAUCCAUCUUCAAAACCUAAUUCUGUGCCUUGUAAAACUGGCUAGGGCAUCAUCAUUUUCCACAAAUGCUAAGUAUGUAAAUAAUAACAACAACAACAAAAACGCCAGGACAUCCCACUCCAACUGGGAAGACAUCAGGAUUAUAAUCAGGAUUAUAAUCUGGUACCUUCAAAUACAGAUAGAGAAACCAAGUUUCUGAAUGGUAGAUUCCUUCACUGUGACACUGCCCAUUAGCAGCUAUGCUGGAGCUGCGGUUUGCUGGUGUUUAGGAGAUACUGGCAAUACAAUUUAAAGUUAAACUUGAGUUUAAUGUCACUUUCAGUUUUGCUAUAAAUGAAAGAAAGGAAAAGUAGACUUUAUAGGCAUGAGAAGAAAAUAAAAUCCUAAACCCAGUGCUUCUGAUUAUACCUUUGCCCCCACUCACCUGAGGCACUGUGGGGAUUUACCAUCAAAUGCAACCUUGAUGAUCCAAUCCAGGUAAACUAUCCUUGUUGCUGCUGUAUCCUUAUCUUUCAUCCCAGAACAUUUGUCUGUAGUACUGGACAUGUUUUACAAAUCAACAAUUGUUUACACAAGUAUAUGCAGCUUUUGUGGGGGAAAAGAGAUGAAAUAUACAUAAUCUCUAUGUGGAUUUGACUUGUUACCUGUAUUUUUAGUCUCUGAGGUAACCAUUUAACCCAGCCAGGGUGGACACUGGGUGGAACCCAGGGAAGUGGUUUGAAUAAUAAAUUUAUUUUUGCAUAUGUAUUAAGUUCUGUUUUGUCCUUCCAAAUAAAGUUGUUUCCUUUUCCUGUCUCAAAUUCAAAUGUCUCCUGGUAACAAAUGAACAAUGUUGCUGGCUGGAGCCCAGGUGAACAGGAGGGCUCAGGUUCCAUCUGAAAGGGACAGACAUGUUUUAGCGCCAACUGAUUAUACCCAUGGGGAGUGUGAGUCCAGUGUUGCCCCAUU